GUAGUAAAAAAGAAGAAUAACUAAUGAAACAUAACCCUUCAAUACCAGCUGUCUUAUUAUUAGUUAUAAAUAGGUUUUAAUGUCGUAUUAAUAUUUUUUAUUUGAACUUUUAUACUGUUUAUAAUGGAAUUGGAAGAAGUAGUUUUAGUUAUAGAAAAUACUGAGGUUAAGUGUAGAAAACGAGACUUGAUUGAAAAUAGUGAUUACUUCUUAGCAAUGUUAGAAGGUGAUUUUAUAGAAAAAACCAAGAGGAGAAUCAAAAUUGAAGAAAUCGACUUGCAAACUAUGAAUUUGAUUUUAACGCUAAUACAUGAUAAUAAAUAUGAUAUUGAAGAAGAGGAUGUUUUAAUGUUGUUGUACGCCGCAUGUGUGCUACAAUUUUGCGAAAUAAAAAAAAAGUGUUUGGAAAAAAUAGAAGAAAUUUUCUGUCCGGAAUAUAGUUUAAAAAUAUGGAUAAUGACCGAACUUUUAGAUUUGAAACCAAUGUGGCAAAAAGCUUAUUACACAUCUUUAAUGCAGUUCGCGAAAAUAAAAGACAGUGACAGUAUAUUACAACUCAAUUUAUUACAGUUGAAAAUGUAUUUAAGUGACACGAAAUUAAAAACCGAUAAUGAAUUUAGCGUAUUUGAAACUGUAAUGAAAUGGUGGUACCAAAAUAAUAACCAAUACAAGCAAUUGGAUUUAUUGAAGUUACUCAGUUGUGUGGAUUUCAGAACUUUAUCUGAACACCAUUUUCAUGAAAUUAUCACUUCUCCCGAAAUCUUAAAAACUGAAAUCUGUGAUAUAAUAAAGUGUUGUUACAAUAUUGUAUAUAAAAGACAAAUUGGAAGUUUCAAAGAAAAUUGCAUAAAAACUGCAGUUCUGUUAACUGAAACUAAUAGUAGGGAAGAAAAUAGUUUUCCUUGUUUACUAGUGAAUUUAAAAAAUAAUCCCAUCGAAAAGGGGCCCCAAAAUGAUAGUGAACAAGUUAUUUAUUAUGAUCAAUUUCGAAGAAAACGAGUAUAUGAAAAAUUAAAUACAACUCAAUAUAAUAGUACGUCUCACAUUUUAUAUUAUGAUCAUACAUCGGAUAGUUUUAAUAAGCUAGUCACUAUUACUGAAAAAUUGGUAGGUUUUCAGAUAAUAAGUUAUAGGGAAUGUAUAUUUACGUUCGGAGGAGAAUAUAUACUCGGUAAAGGUGAUUGGAAUAAGAAUUUUUGGUGUUAUAAUUCACUAAAAGACAAAUGGCAUCGAAAGGAAAGGUGUAUAACUAGAAGGCAUUUUCAGACGUGUAUAGUAGGAUCUAAAUUGUACAUCGUAGGUGGAACAGGUAUGUUUAGAAAAUGUUUGGAAAACGUAUUAUAUUACGAUUUUCUUACAAAUUGGCGUAGCGGCGAAAUAGAUUUCCCGGUGUUUAUUAGACAAAUGAAAUGCUGCGAUUUCAUGGGAAAUUUUUUUUUAUUCAAUAUUAAUGAAGUUUGUGGUUAUUAUUUAAACGAUUCUGGUGGUUGGACUCGUGUUCCGAUUAGAAUAGAAAAUAAUUUAUUAGAUCUUCAGUUUGAUUAUUCGAUAUUUUCGUACAAGAAUCGAUUGUAUAUAAAAGGGAAAAAACUAGUGGAAUUUGCAUUUGUUCAUAACGAAUUUUUAAUAUCAUCCAUAAAAAGUAUUCCGAAUAUAAAUUACGAUAAUAUGGUAUGUACAGUGUGUACAAAUAAUGUUUACACGUUAUACAAACAACACAUUGAUGAUAAAUUCACUUUUGAAAAAUAUAAUUUAGAAACCAGUGAAAUUACUUAUAUUUUUAAAGAUUUUUCCAAUGAUGUGAUCAAAAUUGAUGAAGAUGAAUACACUAUUGAUUCCUCUUUAAUAUUAUUCUCUUUCUGUCAUUAUAAGUUGGUCGAAUUUCGUAAAUUCGUCAACGAAAAUUUUUGAUAUAUGUCGUAAAUAAAUUACUAUAAUUUUUU